GACCCCGGCCCUCCCAGCCCCCCGCGUGCGCGUGACCCCCACGCCCCCCGCCGACUGCGCGUGACCCCGGCCGGCCCCCCGCCCCCCGCCGAGUGCGCGCGGCCCGGCCCCCCCGCCCGCUCCCGCAGGAUGUACCGCAAGGAGCGGAGCGUCCCGCUGAAGAGCAGCAGCUCGGCGCUGUACAACAACCUGAGCGUGCUGCCCCUGCGCGACAAGCCGCUCACCUACUUCGCCGCCGUGCACGGCAGCACCGUCAGCCUGGCCAGCGCCGCGGCCGACGGGCUCAGCGUCUCGCACCGCCAGCUGCAGGCCAAGGAGGGCGGCCUGGCCGUCAGCGCCUCCAUCGUCACCCAGGCCUCCUGGUGUGUCCUGCCCUCUCGAGUUCUCCUGGUCCUGACCUCUCAGAAAGGCAUCCAGAUGUAUGAGUCAGAUGGCUCCAUCAUGGUUUACUGGCAUGCCCUGGAUGUCUUGGAACCACCGCCAGCCCAUGCAGUGUUUGCUCGAGGGAUUGCUGCAGCCAGUGGGCGCUUCAUCUGUGUGGGGACUUCGUCGGGACUGGUGCUGGUGUUUGACAUCCCCAGCAAGGGAACAAACAUCACACUGAGCGAAGUCCUGGAGGAGCAUCGCGACUCCAUCACUGACAUCGCCUCGGAGGUCGGGGAGAACCCGGGUGGGGCUGCUGACCUGGUGACUGCGGAUGACUCUGGGGCUCUGUGUGUCUGGAGGUCCAAGGAAGAGUUCUCCCUGCUCACCAAAAUCUCUGCCUUUGGGUGGACCUGCUCCUCGGUGAAGCUGUGGAACGGGGUCAUUGCUGCUGGCUAUGGGAAUGGGCAGAUCCGGCUGUACGAGGCCUCGAGCGGGGCCCUUCGUGCCACGGUCAGCGCCCAUGCUCGCUGGAUCUACGCCCUGGACCUGGCACCCCUGACGGGGAAGCUGCUCUCGGGUGCCGAGGAUUCCUAUGUCCAGAUCUGGAAACUCAGCCGGAGCCCAGACACCGGGGACAUUGAGAUCGAGCACUGCCACUCGGAGUGCGUGCCUGACACCCAGCUCUGCGGCGCCCGCUUCUGUGACCCCGAGGGAAACUCCUUCGCUGCGACCGGCUACGACCUCAGCGAGAUCGUCCGCUAUGGCCAGGUCUAGGCUGCCCCGCCGCAGGGGGGCUUUGAGCGCAGGGCAGGCGGUUCCCAUGGGGGGGGGCAGGGAGGUACCUGCAGGCACUGUACUGCUGCAGCAUGUUCCAGCCCCCCCGCUAAUGGGGCACUGCAGCUGUGACACCGGGCCUCUGUGCAGAGACCCCUGGCUCCUGUUUACAGGGGCUGGGGCAGCAGCAUGUGGCUGAGGAUGCCCCCACCUGGGUGGAGAUCAGACAUGGUCGGGGGAGCUGAAUCGUCCAGAGCUGGGUGGGAACCCCCUCUGCUCUGGGGGAGAUCCCCCACUGACAUGGGGGGACAUGCACAAAGAACGGGGGGUGGCGCUGCAGUGACUAAAUGGAGCCCAGAUCUCUUCAAACUUCAGAGUCUCUUUGGCCAGACACCUGCUCACACCCCCUGGCUGCUCAUCGCCCCCCCCCACCCCCAUGUCCAUGAUGUUUCUUCCCUAUGGGCAGGCAGCUGCUGUCACCUGCCUGUGGCUGCUCUGUCAUGCUGCGCUCCUUGCCCAAGGCCCCUGCAGGCUGUGAUCCCCUCUGCUCCUGUAUGGAGACCAGAGCCUGGCGAGGUGCAGAGCUAGGCCUCCCCCAGGCAGGCCCUGAUUUGUGGGGUAGGGGUACAGUAGCUGAGGAGGUGUCAUCCUUCAUUCUGAGGCAGGGGCAAAUGAAUCCCUGGUCCUGUGGGGCCCACCCAGCUCCUUUCCUCCUUUGAACUUGGGCUGCAGAGAGCUCUUGCUGAAGCACAGACCCAGGGCCUCUGCACAGCAGCUGGGUCCGUGCCCUGGGGUGCCCGGGGCAGUCUCACCACUCUGCUCUCCAGGUCACUGUAGCAUCCCCAGGGCCAUAAUCUCACCUCAGUCUCAGCACAGCUCCAUGUCUGUGUCGAAGCCCCUGAUGCUACUGGGGCAUUGCGCAGCUUCUGAGCAGGCCCCAAGCUCGGAGCAGUCGGCACUGAAUGCGGCUGGCAGUAUGAGAGGCAGCGUGUCUGAGAACACACAGCACUUGACUGGGACUCAGGAGACCUGGGUCUAUUCCUGGCUCUGCUGCAUGACCUUGGGCAAGAUGGUGCUCUGUGCCUCAGUUUCCCCAUUUGUAAAAUGGGGACAACCACGCUACCUUCCUGUGUCAAGCAUGGUGAGACCUACAGCCGGAAAGUGCUAGAUAAGAGCUAAUACCAUUAGCUGAACAGAUGUGGUUUUCAUAGAAUCAUAGAAUCUCAGGGUUGGAAGGGACCUCAGGAGGUCAUCUAGUCCAACCCCUGCUCAAAGCAGGACCAAUCCCCCCUAGUUUCCCCAGAUCCCUAAAUGGCCCCCUCAAGGACGGAACUCACAACCCUGG